AUGGGUGAAGAAGCACAACAUAGCAACGAAAACAAAAAAAGGCAGCGGAAGAAGCGUAAGAAUUUUAUUUCUAACGCAAAGAAAUACGCUAAAAAAGGACAACUUGGUCGUGGUACUCAAAUUCCUGAAGAACUGUAUCAGUAUUUUGUAGGUAUUUUAGAUGUCAUUAAAGAAGGCAUACAGGAUCCGGACGAGAGAGAGGCCUUAGUUAGAAAUGUUCUGGAGCGAACUAAAGGUGAAGAAAUAAAUGUAGUGGGAAAUCAACUUGGAUGUCGUCUUGUGGAGCUAUUGUUACCAUACUCUUCAUCUGAAGAUUUAGAGAGAUUUAUUGAAAUCUUAUCCCCCGAACUUCGUAAAUUAUCUGCUGACAACUUCUCAAGCCAUGUCAUUGAAACAUUAUUACGUGUGUCAUGUGCUCGAGCAACAGAACAUCUUCAAGAAACUGAUGAACCCCCAGUUAAGAAGUCAAAAAAAGAUGAGAAAUACUCUGAAGAGCAUAUUAAAGCAUGUCACGAAUUUACAUUAAAGAUAUGUAAAUAUGCUCUAAAUAAUUUAGAAGAUUUUGUUUGGGAUCAGUAUGCAAAUCAUAUAUUGCGUAGUGCAUUGAAAUGUUUAAGUGGUAUCACAUUACUCCCAGGUGAAAAACCAAAAGUUAAUCUAUUCAAGGAAACAGUGCAGGACAAAAAAGGAAUACCACCACAUUUAACAAACAUGACUUACAAAGUAGUACCGGACGAGUUUAAGGAAAUAGUUACGGACUUUGCAAAUAGAUUAUCAUCCUGGCCGCAAUUUAAAGACAUGGCUUAUGAAAAUUUGACAUCUGGACUUUUACAAGAGAAAGAUGGUGAAGACAAACCUUUACAAGGAAGUAAUUUACCACCUGUUUUUGAGUCUGAACCAGCUGUAAGGCUAUUAGAAGCAGCACUAUUUGUAGUUAAGAAGAAGACAUAUACACAAAUAUAUGCAAAGUGUUUCAUCAAUCGUCUAGGACAGCUAGCGGCUAUGCCCAUGCUUAAUUUCACAGUACAGCGACUCAUAGACAACUGUCAAAUUAAAGAGGAGUUUGAACCAAUGUUUGACGAGCUCUCGAGCAAGUUCGACACCCUACUUGCUUGUGGUAACACUGGUGUCCUUGUUGCACUGGCCAAAGCUUGCUUAAGAAUAAAAGCCAGACAAGCACAGUUUAUACAGACUUUAGAAAAAUCACUAAACUGUAUGGAAGACAAUCAAAAGCACUUUGCUCUACAAUGUCUACGCCUGGUUCCGCUUGGGGGUAACGUGGAAAUAUCCACUCAGGGAUUCUUCAUUAACAUACAUGGCUCUGUAAUUCUGCAGACCGUUCUUGAUUUCCAGCGACCAACGAAAGCAGUUCAAAGCAUAUUGGAGCUUCAACCGGAAAGUCUUCUCUAUAUAUUUAGUGAGGCAAAGGGAAGCCACGUAGCUGAUGCCUUUUGUAAGGGACAGUUUGUUGGAGUAAAGGCACGGGAUAAGCUUAUCUGGAAACUUAAGGGUUGCUACCAAACAUUAGCAAUGUCCCAGCAUGGUUCAAGGGCCUUCGAAAAAAUCUACGAGUCGGCCUCUAAUGAGCAGAAGGUUAAAAUAAUGGCAGAAUUGUCGGAAAAGAGCAAUCUCUUGAAUAGCACAAACUUUGGACGUUUGAUUGCGACGAAACUAGAUGUCGCUGGUUUCAAAUUGUCACAGAAUAAAUGGGAACAAAGUAAUUUAAAGAAAAGUGAUAAUAAAGCUGAUUAA